AUGAAUGAUCCUCUUGAAGAAACAAUUACAAAUUCAAAUAAUAAUGUACAUAUACCUACAAACAAAGAAAUUGAAGACACAAUAAAUUAUGGUGAAGUUAAGAAUACUACUCACAAUACAAGAUUCUGGUUGAAAGUUCUAACAUCUGUUAGAACAAAAAUGGGAUACAAUUAUGACAUUAACAAAUCACCAUAUGCACCAACAUCAAUAAAAAAUUGCUUUGCUGCUGCUAUACAUAAGUAUUUACAGGAAAAUUCAAAAAUUUCUCCUGCUCUAGAUCUUUAUGAUGAAUGUAUGUUUCCAAGACUUCACAAACAUUUAGAUGGCAAAAUUAAAAAAAUGCAAGAUUUAAGCAUAAUAAAACAGAAAAAAUCUGACUCACUCGAAUAUGAUGAAAUUUACCAAAUUUUAACACAUCCUGAGUUAAACAAAGGCACACCAUUAUCCACCACUUACAAAACCUAUUUCUGGUUGUGUUUCUUGUGUGCUUCACGUAAAUGGAAAUUAGAAUUGGCGCAUAAAGAAUAUUUUGAAGAAUCUCAAAGAAAUAAACAAAAAUUCAAAGAAAGGAGAAACACUCUGGAUGAUUUUAAGACAGCCACAAACAAAUCAAUGGAUAAAUCCAAAUUGGAUAAAAAUAUGCAACUCUUUAGGCAAUUUGAUUGGUCCAAAUGUGAUGUGGAUUUUAAGGCAUUACCAAUAUUACAUUACAAAAAAUACAAAGAAAAAGAAGAUCAAAUCUUUUUUGAUGAUAAUAAAAGGCAAAUCGCUUUAAAUAGGAACAAUUUCAUCUCUGAACGUCUCCAAAAAAAAUUACUAUCACAAAAAAAAAAAACCUAA